AUGGAUAGGAUACGUACAAACAGACCCGCUUCCUUAAAAAUGUUCGACUUUUCAGACACCGAGUCGGGCAUAUCAUAUGGGAGCACUGAAAAUGAAAUAGAAGUCAACACUCCAACGUAUUCGGUAUCAUUAAUGGAUCCAAUUGAGGCUGUUAUGAAACCAGAAAAUGUGCUAGAAAAAUUUGUAGAAGUCGGCGGAAGACGUUAUUUGAACGACGAUACACUAAAAUCACUAAAAUAUUAUCUGCCCAGCGACCAGAAAGAAGUAGAAAGGACAUACGACCGACAUUUCAUAGACAAAACUAUGUGGGGAGGUAACUACUCUGCUCCCGUUUCCGAUAAUCUAUCAUUAGGAGCAAGUGUUCUUGAUAUUGGUUGCGGCGCAGGAGCAUGGAUAAUGAAUAUGGCCUUGGAUUACCCUGUUUCAAUAUUUGUUGGGAUAGAUAUCGCUCCUUUAUUCCCCGAAAGUCAUCCAGCCAAUGUGGCAUUUCUUAAGUGUAACAUCAUGGAUGGUCUACCGUUCCCAGAUAACACGUUUGAUUUUGUUCGACAAGCAUUUGUCAUAAUCUGUAUCAAUUGGCGAUCAUGGAAAGAGAAAGUGGUAAAAGAAUUAAUAAGAGUAACUAAGCCUGGAGGUUAUAUCGAAAUUAUGGAUAUACAACGUGAAAUUGUAAAUCCGGGAACAAUAAACGAAAAGAUUAAUGCUUAUUUAGAGGAACAUUUUUAUAAAGCCGGAAUCAAUCGAUCGUCAUGUGCGGGUGUAAUAGAUACAUUUAAUGAGUUCAAGGAUAAAGUGAUUGUAGCACCCAUAGAAGAAAGAACAUACUAUUUUGGGAAGAAAGCAGGUAGAAUAGGUGAAGCGACAUUGAAAUGCCUCGUAGAGGCAUAUAAAGCAAUGAAAAUUAUUUUUACUCAUAUUAUGAGGAUUACAGAAGAAGAGUUCGAACAGAUGUUGACCGAUUAUGAGAAGGAAUGUAAUGAAGUCCCGCUCCGCAAAGAACGAUACCGUGCCAUUAUUCAAAAGCGGUUGGAUGCGUGCGGCGGUUGA